GCUAAGUAGAAAAGUGCUCAUGUCCAUUGCCGAAAAAUAUUUAAACAUGGCUAUUCCACCAGGCUUGGAAAUCUAUAAACCUGUCAACAAAGGCCUGAUAGGCACCGGCAUCUAUGGAGCCCACAUACAGUUCAGGCAAUUGCCGUUUAACUUCAAUUGGAUUUGCCAAUGGAUCUGUGAUUUGAAGCCUGUGAGGGGUCAGACCAUACGUGUGCUCAAAAAAUAUGUGGACCAAUAUCUGGCCAUUCCUUACGCCGAGGCACCGGUCGGUGAGCGACGGUUUGCCAAACCUGUGCCCAUCUCAACGCCCAAACGGGAAAUAAUAGAUGCAACUAAACCUGGUAAUUCGUGUCAACAGCCACCUGUCCCACAAUAUGGUCAUUUUUUCAGCGGACUGAAUAUGAACGAGGACUGUUUAGUACUGAAUAUCUGGGCACCAUACAGGCAACAGCAAACCGAGAAUGAGCAUGAUAAAACACUAAAACCGGUAAUGUUUUGGAUUCAUGGUGGUGGACUGAGUAUUGGCUCAAUAUUUCAGCCCCUAUACAAUGGCAGUGUAUUGUCCACCAACAAUGUGAUAGUGGUCGCUGUUAAUUACCGCCUAGGUCCUUUUGGAUUUUUAUAUGCCGGUGCCGAUCACGAGCAUACAGUGCCCGGCAAUGCAGGCUUUUAUGACCAGCUACUGGCCCUGCAAUGGGUGAGGGACAAUAUACACUCGUUUGGUGGCGAUAAAAACCUAGUGACCAUAUUUGGUCAAAGCGCCGGCAGUUGGUCAGUGUCGGCACAUGUAUUGUCCCCGUUAUCCAAAGGCCUAUUCAAAAGGGCUAUUAUGUCCAGUGGAGCCCAUAUGUACAGUAAGCGCAGGGAUAUUGUGACCAAAACGGAUGCUGUAAAUAAGGCCAAACAAUUGGCUCGUGAUCUAAAUUGCGAUGACCAUGGUGAUUGGGUAGAUUGUUUGCGAAAAGUUGACGCACACGAGUUGGUCAAGUCUAUGACGCCGCUGACGUUCCCGGUGUUGGGCACCGAGUUUUUGCCCCUUUCGGCCGCUGAGGCUUUCCAGCAAAAUAUGUUUAAUUCAGACAUAGAUCUGUUGGCUGGUGUGAGCCGGGACGAGGGUCCAUUGUUGGCCAAAGUUUCCUACCCAGAUGUGUUUGGGGCAAAUAUUACAUUGGAUAAAUUUAUGUCAACUUUGAGCAAUUUAAAUAAUGUGUUUCACGAAAUACCUGAACAAAAUGUUGGCGAUUAUUAUGCAAAUAAUGGAAUUGAUCACGGUCAAUUAAGCGUAGCAUUUGGCAAGUUAUAUGGUGAUUUAUUUAUGAAUUGUCCCACAUAUGUGUUUGCUAAACAAUUUACCAAGCUUAGUCAACAUGGUUCGGCAUAUUUUUACAUGUUAACAUUUAAAAGCAAAAUGUUUGCUAUGUUUGAUCAAGAUGAAAAGGACGAGUCAAUUCACCAUGGUGAUGAAUUGGCAUUUGUUUUCGGUCACCCGCUUAUGGAUCAGCAAAACUAUACGGAAACUGAUUAUGAUUUUAGUAUACAUGUGAUGGAAAUGUGGUCUAAUUUUGCCAAAAACGGUAUAAAUUAUAAG